GGUUGCCAAGUGGAGCAAAUUCCAAUUAAAACUAUCCUUCACCAUGAAGAACUCUUUUAAAAUCUGCCUGAGAUUGCUCAGCUUGGUCUUCGUUUGCGUGAGCUCCUGCCAGGCCUCGCUCGAAAGGGAAAAUAAUAAUGAAGUGAAUAACUUGUCAAAUCAUAAACUAAGUGGCGUAAUACAAUGGAAGUAUGAAAAGCGACCAUUUUGCAAUGCAUUCACAGGAUGUGGCCGAAAACGUACCUCGUAUCCCUCUUAUCCACCCUUUUCGCUAAUAAAACGUAAUGAGAUCGAGGAGAAGCCCUAUAACAAUGAAUACCUAUCUGAGGGAUUGAGUGAUCUGAUCGAUAUUAAUGCCGAACCAGCUGUGGAAAAUGUGCAGAAGCAGAUUAUGUCGCAGGCGAAGAUCUUCGAGGCCAUCAAGGAGGCCAGCAAGGAGAUCUUUAGGCAGAAGAACAAGCAGAAAAUGCUGGAGAAUGAGCAGAAAAUGCAACGGCAGGAGGAACGCGAAAACAUUUAAAUAAUUAUCGGGAAACGGAUAUAGAACGAGCCCUUGGACUGGAUAGUUACCACACUGGUUUUGUUAUUGUACAUAAUGUCUUUAUAAACGACUCUUUGAAUUGCAAAA